AUGGACAAACGCCAUGUUGUUGUAAUUGGUGCCGGUGUCAUAGGACUUAGCUGCGCUGUCCAACUGGCCCGUCAAGGCUAUCAAGUCACCGUGGUCGCACGAGAGAUCCCCGGCGAUUACGACAUCGACUACGCAUCACCAUGGGCGGGAUCUCACUUCCGGCCCGUCCCAGCGACCAAACCAGAGGAUCGUUUCGAACAAGAACUGAUGCGAGAAACCUACCGAGAAAUGGAGGACUUGGCAGACAGGCACCCCGAGACAGGCAUCCAAUUCAUCCCUGCGAUCGAGUACUUUGAUACUGCCGACCCUGCAUACUGCGAUGAGAAGCUCGUUCAAGAAAACGGAUAUGCCUCUUGGCCAGGUUUCCGGGUACUUCGUUCUUCGGAGCUGCCGGCCCAGUAUGAGUCGAUCAAGCUUGGAGUCACUUAUACGGCAUGGGUAUUGAACUCUCCUGUUUACCUGAAAUGGUUGAAGGACGAGGCUGUGAAAUAUGGUGUCAGCUUUAUACGUGCAAGGCUAUCUGCGAUCGAGGAGGCUGUCUUCAUAUGCAAAGAAAGGUUAUCGGCUAGUGGGACCGACGAGGUCAUUGCGGUCAUCAAUGCCAGCGGUCGGGGCUUUAAUGACCCCAAGUCUUUUCCGUCGCGCGGACAAUUUAUCGCGGUGUCUAACCCGUGUCAGAGAAUGAUCAGUCACCAUUGGGCUGAUGGGUCGACAACUGUCAUUAUUCCCCGUCCUCUUGGGGGAGGAACAAUUAUAGGUGGUACCAAAGAGCCAAACAACUGGUCACAUUCCAUCUCGGAUACGGCGACAGUGUCGAUUCUCUCAAGGGCCUUCACGCUUUGCCCGGAAUUGGUGGGAGACAGUCUUGAUAACGGCUCGAGUUAUGGCCUCGACAUUCGUCAGGUGUAUAUCGCCAGACGUCCUAUGCGGCAGGGUGGGUUGCGGCUAGAACGAGAAGAUCUGGCCUUCCAAGACACCUCAGAAGAUGGCCUGAGAAAUGUGCAAAACUCUAUCCCUGUCAUUCAUUGCUAUGGGGCGGGUCCAAGCGGCUACAAACUUAGUUGGGGGAUUGCAAAACGUGUCGAGCGAUUUGUCUCAGAGAUCUAA